GGGCUCUGCCAGCGGGGCAGCCCAGGUGCGUCGCCUUCAGCACGCAGAGGCCAAGUGCCAGGCUGACGCUGCCUGAGCCGAGCCGGGAACGGCGUUUGCCCGGGCCGCGGCGGAAGCCGGAGCAUUUGGGGGACGGGACCGCGGGAACCCGGAAACGCCGGGGCUGUACCGAGCUGGCGGCGCAAAUGAAGAUAAAACAAUGUCCGCCAACCUAAAAUACCUUUCCUUGGGAAUUUUGGUCUUUCAGACUACCAGUUUGGUUCUAACAAUGCGUUAUUCUAGAACUUUAAAAGAAGAAGGACCUCGUUAUCUAUCUUCUACAGCAGUGGUUGUUGCCGAACUUUUGAAGAUAAUGGCCUGCAUUUUAUUAGUCUACAAAGACAGCAAAUGUAGUCUAAGAGCACUGAAUCGAGUACUGCAUGAUGAAAUUCUUAAUAAGCCUAUGGAGACACUUAAGCUCGCUAUCCCCUCAGGGAUAUAUACUCUUCAGAAUAAUUUGCUGUAUGUGGCUCUCUCCAAUCUAGAUGCUGCUACUUAUCAGGUCACAUAUCAGUUGAAAAUUCUUACAACAGCAUUAUUUUCUGUAUCUAUGCUUAGUAAAAAGUUAGGUGUAUACCAGUGGCUCUCCCUUAUAAUUUUGAUGACAGGAGUUGCUUUUGUCCAGUGGCCUUCUGAUUCUCAAGAGGUUGAUUCUAAGGAGCUUUCAGCUGGCUCUCAAUUUGUGGGCCUCAUGGCAGUUCUCACAGCCUGUUUUUCAAGUGGCUUUGCUGGAGUUUAUUUUGAGAAAAUUUUAAAAGAAACAAAACAGUCAGUAUGGAUAAGAAACAUUCAGCUUGGUUUCUUUGGGAGUAUAUUUGGAUUAAUGGGUGUAUACAUUUAUGAUGGUGAAUUGGUAUCAAAGAAUGGAUUUUUUCAGGGAUAUAACCGACUGACCUGGAUAGUUGUUAUUCUUCAGGCACUUGGAGGUCUUGUAAUAGCUGCUGUUAUUAAGUAUGCAGAUAAUAUUUUAAAAGGAUUUGCAACUUCCUUAUCCAUAAUAUUAUCAACACUGAUAUCCUAUUUUUGGCUACAAGAUUUUGUGCCAACCAGUGUCUUUUUCCUUGGAGCCAUCCUUGUAAUAACAGCUACUUUCUUAUACGGUUAUGAUCCCAAACCUGCAGGAAAUCCCACCAAAGCAUAGUCAUGUACUGUCUUUAACUAGUUUUUCACGAUGGUGCACUAGGAUUCUCCGUACUGAUCUUGCACAGAGGACUUCUACAGAUUUUGUGAAGAUAUCAUCAUGCUGAAUAUGGUCAUAUUGUUCAAAUGCUUUGAAAAUAUAGAAGUUUAAGAAUAAAAUACUUGUAUAUGUAACAAAACACAUUACAUACAGAAAUCAGAGCUUGAAAGUAUUUCUGGGGAUUAAUAUUAGAAGGAAUAUUGGAGGAAACUUGAGAUCUGAGUUAAAAAAAGUUUUACCUUUUCAGUUGCCACAGAAAUGCCCUAUGCACUCUUUACAAGAGCACACAAUAAAUGCCAGGUAUCAAUUUUUGCAAAUUAUAUCUACUCAAUCUUAUUAAAUGUUUCUGUCUUACUCUUUCUGUACAUAUGUAGCAAAUCACAUGGAAUAGUUCAAGUUUGAAAAUUAUACUUUACCUGUAAAGCUGUAAAAAAAAUAGAAGUAUGAUUUGAAAAAAACAUUUUCACAUAUUUGAGAUUUUUUUUAUAUAUAUACAAGAGAUUAUUAAACAGAAUUGCUAAAUGUUAUUUGUCAACUACAUAAAAAUUGAAGUAAUUUUCUGAGUCUGAUUUGUCAAAAUAAAGUUCAUAUUUAAGUAAAAUGUAGAGAUAAAUGAAAUUAAUAUUUAAAAAUAAUGGAACACAUCUAUUUCUCCACACCUAUUUUAAGAUCUUUUAGGGCUUCAAGACUGCAAUGAGCACAGUUGCUCCUGUGAUAGACAGGAGCCAGCAAUAUUUACACUAAUGGAGUUUAGUCCUUAAUCUCUUAACUGCAUUUCUUUUCUGUAAAUCAGAUAAAUCUUUAAUAUUACUUUAAGUUAAAUUUGUGUGUGUGUGAUUGCCAUUAGAGUUUUAAAGUGUAAUUUAAAGGGAUUCGAUAUGAAUUUAAUAAUUUUAAAUAAAAUUAUUAUUAUGGUCUAGUGUCUCCAUUUGGAGAAUUUUUUGAACUACUAAGUACCUAGUGUAUAUACCUAGAAAGUUCUUAAAUGAAUAUAUUACUCAUUGACCUGUAAAAAGUCCUUUAGUCUACAACUGUUGACAACUGUUGACAAAAACAACUAAAAAAAAGGGAUACAGUUGUCAGUGAAUUGAGACCAAAAUGCUUUUCUUGGAGACAUUCCAAAUUGCCAUAUUUUAUUAUUUUAAAUGGCACUAUAACUUAACAUUCAAGAAGAACUGCUCAAAAGUCCUUUUAGUUCUCUCCUACACCCUCUGUUCCCACGGAAUACUCUGGUCACAUGACUGGGAGAGGUAGCCAAAUUCUGAGUUCCUUCUCUGUGUCUCCACAAAAGCUGCUGGGAAGAAACCACCAUUUUUGUUUUGAAAUAAUGGGAUGUUUUUCCUUUUUGAUUAACACUGGAGUUGAGGAUGCAAAUUACAUGAAUUAUUUAAUAAGUUGGUUUAAGGGAGAAGAUAAUAUUUUAGAAAUGAUAUGGUGACUUGGUGGGCUAUUGAGUAUAAGAGAUAAUUUACUUUAUUUUUUUUAUUCAUAUUAUAUAUGUUUUUAAAAGCCCAUUCUAAUACACACAAAAACUAUAAAAAAAUAAAUAUUUUUAUAUAGUUAUAAUGGAUUUUGUUAAACAGCAUUUGGCUCAAAAUACCAUGUUACAAAUGUUGGAUACUCUUGGCUAAUUUGGACAGGCAGUAUUAACUUGCUAAUGCACAUGUAGCCUAUACAGAUUACAGGCCUAAUCAGUUCUAUCUAGUGUUUUAAAGUGUUUAAACUUAUUAAGUAUUUAAAAUUAAUUUGCUGGUGAUUCUAGAUUGGUACCAAGCAUACUUUGUGUAUGCUAGACUUUAUGAUUUUAAUAUGCAUCUUUAAAAGCAUUUAUUUAAUAACUUUACCAAUAUUUUGAGCAUGGUGUUUUAAAUUAUAACAGCAUUCAGAUUUACAUCUUAUUACCUACUGCUAAGUGAAAUUUAAAUCCUGCAAAUGCACACAAUACAAGAUUAAAUCUAAAGAUUUAUGAUCAUGUACACUGAAGUGUUGGUUAAGUGCUCGGGUAUUAAUGCAGUGUACAUUCACGAUUAAUACUUAAUUCAGAUUUAGUUUGCCCCUAUAUCAGCACUUCAAAAAAGUAUACAAGUAAAUCAUUGAAUAUUAGACAUGUUAGUUGUGGUGAUAACACAUUUUCAGAUGUCUAACAAAAUUUCCAAGCUUAGUAAUGAAGAUUAUGAAAAUAUAAUCAAGAGUUGUGAAAAUGGAAAAAAACAGCCUGAAAUAUAUUUUAAAAGCAAACUUUUAAUGGAUAGGCGUGAUUUAUAAACAUUUUGCUUUUCUAAUAGGUUGAAAAUGUUAGUUAUUGGGGAUUGGGCUAUAUAGUAUAUACUUUUUAAUUAACUGAGAAAUAAUCACAUUUGAAAAGGUAUAUUCAUGUCCUAGAUUAUGUCAUAUAUAUAGAUAAUGCCAUUUUCUUGUGUGUGUAUAUUUAUGAUGACCUCCAAAGGCCUUAUUGUAUCAAGCUUUUAUCAUGACUCCUUGAUUAUUUAAAUUCUCAUACUUUUAAAAGUUUGUUAUCUCUUAACGUCUUUGCUAAAUGUGAAAAUGUGCUACUUCAUGGAAGAAGAGUGUAGUUGAUAGUUCUAUUAAAAAUUAUGAAUAUAGUUGGGAAGAAAAGCUUGAAAUGCAACAGGUAUAUUUCAGCACAGUAAAAUCAGUUCUUUAACAAGAGAUUUUAGAAAACUUAUAAGCUACUUUUAUGAUGGAAUAUAUAGUAUAGAGAUACAAAACUUAAAUGUUUAUAUCAAUUUAUAUUAAAUGUCACAGAAUUUCAUAAAAGGAAAGGUAGUUUGAUAUUUAAACUACAUUCUAAAAAGAUGGAAUCUGAAAGAAAACUAAUUGACUUUGCUCUAUACAGUUAGUAUAAUAAUUACUGUUCUUACAUAUCAAAUUAUUGGGCUUUUAAAAUGUCAUUGUGUAGUCAUUCAACUGAGUUUUUUUUUUUCUUUUUAAACAGAGUUUAUCAUUGCUCAUUUUAUUUACACAUUCACUAUUAGCAUAUUUAAUUACCAUGAAUAUAUGCUUUACUUAAGAAAAGGUUUAUAAAAGUUAUUUAUGCUAUAUGAAAAUCAUCUUAAGAAUCUCCAGUAUAUUUAAAGUAGUUAUAGGACCAAAGAAAAAGCACCUUUAUCAAAACAUGGUCCUGUGUGCCUUGCUUUACCAAAUACCUGACUUUCGUGGAGGAUAGUUCUGUAAUUCAAAAACUCUAGACACAUGAGUAAAGUUAGAAUGUUUUAAGAAUAAUUGUAAUUUUAUUUUUUGUUUCAACAUUUGCUCUUUAAAUUCAUUAUCUAACAAUUAAAAUAGGCAUAUUAUAAAAGGAUUAGUAAAUAGUACUUAUUUAAAAACAUUAUGGCA